AUGUCCGAGUACUGUGGUAGCAUUCCAGGCGAUCUUGAGGACUUUGCCGGAGUUGAUGUUAUAGAAGAAUUGCCGGAAGAACUGAAGAACCAUAUUCGACUGUUAAAAGACGUCAUGAAAAACUACCGCAGCGGUCCUCUCCCGAAAACGGUUAAAAUGUUACCUCACCUGCCGGGAUAUGAAAGCCUACUAGAGAUGCUCUCACCGCUGGAUUGGAGUGUUCAUGCAUACCCUCGUAUGGUGAAGAUUUUUGCUUCUAAGGGCAACGACCCAGCCUUACAGUAA